AUGGACAAAGGAAAUUGCUCCUCCUUCAAUGAAUUCAUUUUCUUGGGAAUUACUAGUGACACAAACAUCAAAGUAACCCUUUUCACCAUGCUUCUACCUGUUUAUCUUAUUAACAUUAUGGCAAAUCUUGGAAUUAUCAUUUUCAUCAGAAUGGAUUUCCAGCUUCACACACCAAUGUAUUUUUUCCUCAGCCACCUCUCUUUCUGUGACCUCUGUUAUUCCACAGCAGUUGGACCCAAGAUGAUGGUGGAUCUAUUGGCCAAGAAGAGAUCGAUUCCUUUUCUUGGCUGUGCUCUACAAUUUUUCAUCUUCUGUAUCUUUGCAGAUGCUGAGUGUCUACUGCUGGCAGUGAUGGCCUUCGACAGGUACAUGGCCAUAAGCAACCCCUUGCUGUAUACAGUCCACAUGUCCAGCAGGGUGUGUGUCUCUCUUGUGGUUGGAGUUUACCUGGUGGGAAUGGCAGAUGCUUUGACACAUACAACACUGACAUUCCAAUUAUGUUUCUGUGCGUCUAAUGAGAUCAACCAUUUCUUCUGUGAUAUGCCUCCACUUUUUCUCCUUUCCUGUUCUGACAUAGAAAUCAAUGAACUGGCAUUAUUUACUGUUUUUGGCUUUAUUGAACUGAGCACCAUUUCAGGAGUUCUUGUCUCUUAUUGUUAUAUUGUAUUAUCAGUCUUAAAAAUCCGCACUGCUGAGGGCAGGUUCAAAGCUUUCUCCACCUGCACCUCCCAUUUAACUGCAGUUGCAAUUUUCCAGGGAACUAUGCUCUUCAUGUAUUUCCGGCCAAGUUCUGCUUAUUCCCUAGAUCAAGACAAAAUGAGCUCACUGUUCUACACUCUUGUCAUUCCCAUGCUGAAUCCUCUAAUUUAUAGCUUAAGGAACAAGGAUGUGAAAGAGGCUCUUGAAAAACUGAAAAAUAAACUGUAUUCAAAAUAA